UCGUGGUUGGAGUCGUGGUUGGAGUCGUGGUUGGAGUCGUGCUUGGAGCCGUGCUUGGAGUCGUGCUUGGAGUCGUGCUUGGAGUCGUGCUUGGAGUCGUGCUUGGAAUCGUGCUUGGAGUCGUGCUUGGAAUCGUGCUUGGAGUCGUGCUUGGAGUCGUGCUUGGAGUCGUGCUUGGCGUUGUUGGAGUCGUUAUACUAGUCGUGAUGUUGAUUGA